AUCUGCAGAUCUUCGUUGGGUUUCCCCGAACGCGAUGAACAGUGUGUUCUCAGUUGACGACUUCUCCGACGCGUUUUGGGCGGCAGUGGCGGCGGAGACGGCGACGGGAAUGAACCCGAGCCAAUCGGUGUUGGCGUUGGAGAAGCUUCUGGAAGAAUGUUCUCAUAUGAGUCUGCCAACGACUUCGUGUGCUGGUCAAAAUGUGAUUGCUCCGAAUUCCGAGGCGGCGGCGGCUGCGGUGGCGGCGGCGUCUCAGCCGUCUGGUUCGAAAGUUGAAGAUGGCGAUGAUGAUAGUGAUAUAGUGGAGAUCGGAAAGUCUAAUUUUCAGAAUAGGGAUCUUUAUCGCCGUCCUCCACCGUCCGAUCCCACUGCGACGGUCUCAAUUAACCCGGGUGAUGAGUACCGGGAGGUUCUCAAGAGCAAGCUCAAUCUCGCCUGCGCUUUUGCUCUCUCUAGGUUGGAUACGCAGGCGUCAGGUGCCGAGUUUGACGAUUCGUCUGUCCUGAGUGACAAUCAACGACAUCAAUCAGGGUCCCAAGCUCAAGGUUUUUCAAAGGCACAGGGUGAACCUGAUCCUGCAGCAUCUGGAAUUUCAACACCAACAGUUACACAGAGAUCAGGGACACAAGUGAGACAAGCAACAAGUGGGUCAUCAAGGGAAGAUUCGGAUGAUGAAGACCUUGAUGGAGACACUGAAACAAAUGACAUGGAUCCAGCCGAUGCAAAACGUGAAAGGAGGAUGAAGUCAAAUCGAGAAUCAGCUAGACGUUCUAGAAGAAGAAAACAAGCACAUUUGACUGACCUAGAAGCUCAGGUUGGUCAGCUAAGAGUUGAACGCUCCACUUUACUGAAAAGUCUCACUGACGUGAAUCAGAAAUAUGAUGAAUCUUCUGUUGACAAUAGAAUUUUGAAGGCUGAUAUUGAGACUUUAAGGGCAAGGGUUAAGCUGGCUGAAGAAACAGUUAAGCGGGUAACAGGGAUCAACCCCCAGCUUCUAUCUAGACCAAAUGUACCCAAUGCUGGCAUGCCUUUUAUCAACAGCCCACUGGAAGCAACUGCAGGUGCUGCCAUACCAAUGCAGCCAAACGCAAACCCUUUUCUCCACCAACCAGUUCCUGCUAUUGCCACUGCAGUUCAUCAUCAGAUACUAGAUAACAGUUUCCCAAGCAACAACAUCAUUCCACCUAUUGUGAAUCCACAAAUUGAUGUUGGAGCCAAGAAUAGCACUGGCACAACAUCUACCCUGGAGCAUGUACAAGAUCAGUUAGGCCUUGAUAUCAUGCAAAAGCAGACUGGCAAUGGCAUCAGUCAACAUGGCGCCUUGCCUGGUCGGGAAUCUUGACCCUCUUCUGCAGUUGCGCAAAAAAUAAAGCUGAAUUAAGGUUUAAGUGCAUUCACUCUUGUAUCCUGGUUGACUUGGUCUGUAUCCUAUUUAUUAGGGUUUAAUUCCUCACUGGGAUAUUGAAAUGUCAAGAUCGUUGUCUCCAUAAGCCCUCAAUUUUUAUUUUGUUUCAAUGAAAUUAUUUGGUUAGUCAUUGAUUUUAUAGCUGUGGGAUCAAUGAACAGAAGCGAUAUCC